GAUAACACUAAUCCAAAUUUUAUUGUUCAAUGUCAUUAAUUUUGCGGAGUUGGAGCCUCUUUGUAUAUAUGGAAGGGAGUGAAAAAAGACGAGUAAAAGGAGAAAUAAGGGAAGGAAGGAGUGAGCUGGGGAAGGAAAGGAGAAGAUUUGAAAGAAGGAAAAAUCAAACGUUGAUCCCCUCUCUCUCCUCCACCCUCCUCUACCGCAUAUCUCGAACCCCUCUCUGUCUUCAAUAUCUCCCGCACUCCUCCAUAUCCCUCCCCUUCCCCUCUCCUCUUUGUUUUGUUUUUGUUUUGUUUCAGAUCCAUUCAUUCAUCAUCAUCGCCAUUACGCAUACAGACAACACCUACUCUGCAUCACAUCACAUGUCCCUUCCUCCUCCUCCUCCCCCUCUUCCCUCCUGUAGUUACUUGACCAAGUGAAAUAGGCACCUCCCUCCCUCCAUUCUUAAUUUAGGAAGCAAGGUAUCAAUUGAACAUCAUCAUCAUCAUCAUCAUCAUCAUCAUUCUAACCUUGUCUUUUUCCCAUUUUGAGAUCUAUUAGAGAUUUGCCUCUUCCCCAACCCCACUCUGCAUUUGUUUUCGAGCGGAUCUCUCCUCCAAAUAGAAUAUGGAAUCCGAUAAGAAAGCUUCCGCCGUGUCGGACGUCGGAGCAUGGGCGAUGAACGUCGUCAGCUCCGUCGGAAUCAUCCUCGCCAACAAGCAGCUCAUGUCCAACCACGGCUACUCUUUCAGCUUUGCAACGACGUUGACUGGAUUCCAUUUUGCUGUAACUGCACUUGUUGGGAUGAUUUCAAAUGCUACUGGGCUCUCGGCAUCAAAGCAUAUUCCUUUGUGGGAGCUUAUUUGGUUUUCAAUUGUUGCGAAUAUGUCUAUUACAGGGAUGAAUUUCAGUCUCAUGCUAAACUCAGUUGGAUUUUAUCAGAUUUCAAAAUUGAGUAUGAUUCCGGUGGUAUGUGUGAUGGAAUGGAUCAUUCAUAGUAAGCAUUACAGCAGGGAGGUUAAAAUGGCCGUUGUGGUGGUUGUCAUUGGAGUGGGGGUUUGCACUGUGACCGAUGUCAAAAUUAAUGCCAAAGGUUUUAUUUGUGCAUGUGUAGCAGUGUUUUCUACCUCAUUGCAACAAAUUUCCAUAGGUUCCUUGCAAAAGAAGUAUUCAGUUGGAUCUUUUGAGUUAUUGAGCAGAACAGCUCCAAUUCAAGCUGCGUCUCUCCUUGUGCUGGGUCCUUUUGUUGACUAUUUUCUCUCUGGAAACUUAAUACUAGACUACAAGUAUUCUUCUGGCGCAAUUUUCUUUAUACUGCUUUCAUGUUCUCUAGCCGUGUUCUGCAACAUCAGCCAAUAUCUGUGCAUUGGGAGGUUCUCGGCAGUUUCGUUCCAGGUGUUAGGGCACAUGAAGACGGUUUGUGUACUCACUUUGGGGUGGCUGCUCUUUGAUUCGGAGCUGACUAUGAAGAAUAUCAUGGGAAUGCUGACUGCAGUGGUUGGAAUGGUGAUAUAUAGUUGGGCUGUGGAGCUUGAGAAGGCUGCCAAUGCAACAACAAAGAUCACUCCUGCCUCAAAGCACAGCUUGACAGAAGAGGAACUAAGAUUACUCAAGGAGGGAGUGGAAAACCCUCCCAUUAAGGAUAUAGAUCUUGGUGAUUCCAAGGUGUGAUGCUGUGAGCGAGCGAGCAAGCGAGACUCUCUGUUUUCAGGCAAAGAAAAUGUGGAGAUUUCUCGCUGGGGCUUUCUUCUUCUUCUCCUGUGUUUAGAUUUACUAUUGUUAUUCAUUCUUGCUGCCUCUUGGUCCAUUUGGUUUGGGUGCCUACUGCGUAUUUGUUUUUUUUUUUUAGGUUUUUCAAAAAGAGGACUGAGUGGUUGCAUACCUGUUUAU